AUGAGGUUGUUCAGCAUCGUUACGAUAGCAGCAGCAGUAACGGCAGGCCUACGCAUAGGACCUGUGCGACAUCGACAACUACAAGAGCAAAUACAACAGAAACAACAACAACAACAACUGGAGGGCAGACAGCUCCUUGAUGCCACGUCCUUCAUAGCCGAACUCCCAACCGGCCAACCUCAGGCGGACUCGACUUCAACAACAGCGCCGGUUGCAACUACGCCUCCGCCACCACCUCCUCCUCCUCCUCCUCCGCCUCCUCCUUCUCCUCCUCCACCUCCUCCGCCGCCAACAACAACCUCGACAUCGACGACGACCACAUCAACAAGAGUACCGCCGCCACCGCCGCCGCCACCACCACCACCGACUUCUACUACACGUCCUCCGCCUCCACCCCCGCCACGAACGACAGCAGCGAGGGCUUCAACUUCAGCUGCCCCUCCUCCUCCUCCGCGAACAACUGUCAGAACAACUUCAGUUGCAGCGCGUCCUUCCUCCCCUCCUCCUCCUCCUCCUCCACCACCACCAUCGACAACGCAGCGUUUGCAGUCCACAACCGCUCCACCACCAGUCUUCUCAGCUCCUCCGCCACCGCCGUCAUCGUCGACAACGUCAACCCCUGCCGCCGCGAUGUCGUCAAGCACGGUGCCCAUCGCCCUGCCGGCCAGCACCACCGGCGCUGCCCCCGGCCAGACGCUGCCCCCCGCGCAGGGAGCGGCACCGCCGCAGCAGCCCCCCGUCCAGCGGCUCGUCGACCCGGCCGCGGGCAUUUUCAUCGGCGGCGACCCGACCAGCAACAUCGACGUGCCCGUGACGUUCCUCUUCCUGCUGCUCUUCGCCGCCGGCGCGUACACGCACAUCCGCAUCUACCGCGCCAACGCCAAGCGGGGCCACAAGUUCCUGCUGUCGGACCUCAUGUUCGACUUCUGCAUGGUCAGGAGCGUCACGUGCAUCAUGCGCAUCGUCUGGGCCUUUGAGAAGACUCGCGUCGUCAUCCUCGUGGCGCUCAUUGUCCAGUUUGGAGGGUAA